AAAAUAUACGCUCUGCUUGCCCUUUAUAAACCCCUCUCGGGUAGCUCCUUCAUCCAAUAAUCUUGUACAACAAAACAUAUAUAUCCCAUUUCAAAGAAAGUCACAUAGCUUUGAGAGAUAAUGAUGAAUGGCCACAAAACAGAGCCGGCACCGCCACCACCACCUCCACCGCCAUCUGCAACGCCGAGGCAGCUGACGGAGGCCAAGGUGAUGGCGGAGGAGAAUGGUCGGCAAGGUGAGCCCUGUGUAAGGUCCAAGACUGGAGGAACCUUGACGAAAGGGAAUGUGGUGGUGCUGACACUCCGGCUGUUGUGCAUGGCUACUUCAGUUACAGCCAUGUCGUUCAUGGUCACCGCCCGUCAGGUUAGCGCUGCUUCCUUCUAUGGAUUUCAGCUCCAGCUCCACUCCAAAUGGUCUUUCUCUUACUCCUUUGAAUAUCUUGUUGGAGUAACAGCGACUGCAACAGCUUACUCUUUGCUCCAAUUACUCAUUGCCGGCUCAAGGCUACUAGUGAAGAAAUCUCCAGUGAUUCCCUCAAGAAACCAAGCAUGGCUUGUUUUUGCUGGAGAUCAGAUAUUGGCAUAUGCAAUGAUGAGUGCUGGAUCGGCAGCAUCGGGUGUAGCCAACCUGAACCGAACCGGAAUCCGACACACAGCGUUGCCCAAUUUUUGCAAGUCAUUGGAUAGCUUCUGCGAUCAUGUUACCGUCUCAAUAGCCUUCACUUUCUUCAGCUGUGUUAUGUACGCUGCCGCCGCUGUUCAGGAUGUAAUCUGGCUCUCCACCCAUUGAAUUUACUUCAUCAUCUUCUUGCCAUAUAUAUAUGUACAAGGUUUAAUUAAUUAGUUUAGCUUAUUAUUAGUUAGUUUUGUUCAUGGAUGUUGAAGUUUGGUGGCUAUGGUGCCUUUUGUAAAAGAGGGAAUAAAGACGUAUGCAUGCCUCUUUCAAGUUAA